AUGGCAGUGCAGUGCGAUAUCGAACUCCAGUCAGACUCGUCUUCCAGCCGCAAGUCGUCACUGUGCCGAGUCCCAGGGCUGGAGGAUUUCGACUUGGUUGUCAAGGCUCAGAGUGCGCUCCCCAAGUUUGUUUCUCACGUGUACGAGGGACGGCUGGUUGGGCUGGACGUCAAGCCUCGUGUAGGAAUGAUGGUGGUUCACACGCGGCUUGCGCGAGGAGCAGGUGUCAUUGUCAAAGUGAUGAAGAUUCCCAACGACGUGUUGAACGCACCGAGGGGAGGCGUGUGCAGAGUAUCGUGGGACAACGAGAGAUUCAACACGCGGGAGGGUUGCUACACUGGAAGGGGAGGGGUAUUUUCUCUUGCCGCUGUCAAGCUGGAUGGUCCUGGAGGAGCAGAGCUGGAGAAACUGCGGGAGAACAAGUUUGAGAUGGGGGAGGUGCUGGUAGGGAAGCAUCUGAAACCAAGGAUCGUUGAGGGAGUUGGAGUGGAGGACGGGGAAGAGCAAGCAGCGGAGGUGGGGAAAAGAUGCGACGAAGAGAUGAAUUCCAAUGAUCUUACUCAUGGUUCUUGCAACUGCUGUUGUCUUGUUGACUUGACUCGCUACGAAACUGAACAACAGUGGGACAAGAUCGGAGCGAGCUCCAAGGAGUUGAACACUGGUCAACGUGGGCAAUACCAACUUGCGCUGAUCUUGUCCUCUCCUGACGAGGACAAGAGUCCAAGUGGAUCGAGCGAGGACAGUGACAAUGAGGAGAAGGAAGCUGCUCUGCCGCCGCUGAAACUGCUGCGCGAGAGCUCGACGCUCGUGGGGAUGGUAAGAGUGAAGUUCACAAUGUUGGAAGAUGACGAGUUCGCAAAGGACGUUUCCCCUGUCAUAGGGAUGCGAGUGAGGCAAGAAUGGCACCCGGACCUGCUGACCGAACCCCGACCCUCCACUGAUGAUGACGCUCUCAACGACAUCGGGACCAUCGUCCAACUCGGCGCAAACGGGAAGCUUGCUUCUGUGCGAUGGGACAGGUUUCGUCAGGGUCUGAACUUCUACCCCGUCGGGUUCAACGAAUUCUACGAGCUCGAACUAGAUUCGACCCCCAAGCCAAGGACGCUGAUCCUUGGCCGUGAUUGCUUCCCCCAGGUGGGUCACAGGGUUGAGAUGCUGGAUCCAAGCCAAGAGACAGGUAGGGCAGCACUGGACGCUCCUUGA